GCAAACUCUACAGUUAUACAGAAGUAAAAUCUGCCGGUUUCCAAAGUUUGGAGAGGAAAAUCUAAAAGAUAGAUGGAGUUUGAAAUAGUGAAUAAAGAAAGCAUAAGGCCGUCGUCUCCAACCCCACCGGAGCUCCGGCAUCUGUAUCUCAGCUUUUUUGAUGCGUCAGUCCCUUGCCAAUAUCUGCAAUGUGUCUUCUUCUACCACAACAAUAAUCAAUGCUCCGCGGACAGCCGGCGGCGCAGCCACUCCGAGGUGCUGAAGCACAGCCUCUCCGAGGUGUUGACCCACUACUAUCCUUUUGCUGGACGCCUCAUCGACGGCGCCUCCGUCGAAUGCAACAACGUCGGUGCCACCUUCACGGAGGCAAAUCUCCAGUGUCCGAUGUCGGAUGUCACCAAAAGUGAUGAGAUUUGGAAACUUCUUUGCCCGGAAGACGGGACAGAAAUCAACCCCAUUUUAUCCGUUCAGUUGACAAGAUUUCAAUGCGGAGGAGAGGCCAUCUGUGUGUUUUUGUCUCACAAACUCUCUGAUGUGAUCACUUUUGCCACCUUCAUGAAUGACUGGGCUUCCAUUGCCCGCAGUCCCGGUGCGCUGCUCCCGGUGUCUCCUCAGUUCAACGCAGCAAGUUUUUUCCCGCCGGGCCGCAAGCCCUUUCCGUUAGUAAGAGAGCAACGAGUUGACAACACUGUAGUGAAGAGGUUCGUGUUCGAGGGCUCAAAGAUCACAGCUCUUAAAGUCAUGGUGUCAGAAAAAGUUGAGAAUCCAACGCGCAUAGAGCUCCUCAGUGCACUCAUUUACAAGGCUGUCGUUAUUUCCGCCGGUGGUUUUGAAAAGCGGCCACCGCCACCAUCAAGCCUCCUGCAGGUUGUUAAUAUACGAAAGAGGGUGGUGCCGCCGCUGCCGGAGGCUUUAAAAGGGAACAUAAUCACCUUCUACGUGGUGCCAUUACAGGAAGAGGUAGAGCUGUGGGAGGUGGUGAGGGACAUGAAGAGGAACUUCGAAGAAUUCUGCGACAAGUACCCCCAAAAUUAUGAGGCUGCUGAGUGGAUUUCUCUCCACAAAUUAUUUAUGGAGGAAUCAUUUGGGAGAAUGGCUCAAAAUUUUUAUACGUGUAGCAGUUGGUGCAACGUUGGACUUUACGAGGUGGAUUUUGGGUGCGGGAAGCCGGCGUGGAUCACGAUGCCUGAUAUUGUAAGGAAGAAUUCAAUUGUGUUGAUGGAUCUGAAACAUGAGUUGGAGGGAAUGGAGGCUUUGGUGUGCUUGGACAAAGAUGUAAUGGCAGCAUUUGAAAGGAAUGAGGAGCUUCUCUGCUUUGGUUGUCUAAAAAGCUAAGCUCUUCGAGUUGAAGAUGAAAGAUCGAUUUACUAAGGUCCUGUUUCAUAAUUGUUAUGAUGUUUAGAAGGUGAGUGGGUAAAAAUUUAAUAAAGUCAAAUAUUAGUUUACCAAGGUAUUAGUUGAUUAUUGUUAUGGUUUUUGAACGACAAGGAUGAGGGUGGGGGAAUAAAGCCAAAGGACAUUGUACCAAGGUCCUUGUUGAUAAUUGUUAUGGUCUUUAGAGGGUAAGGUAAGAGAAUAAGGUCAAGAACAUUGUACUAAAGUUGUGUUAGAUAAGUGUUAUGGUUUUAGUUUUUGGUUUAAUUAGAAUCAUGCUUGAUUUUCUACCA